AAAUAUGGACUCAGCAACAACAUAUAACGCAGGCGAUAUUGCUUGGGUCUUAACCUCUACUGCACUUGUCUGGCUUAUGAUCCCGGGUGUUGGAUAUUUCUAUUCUGGCAUGGCACGCAGAAAGAAUGCUCUGUCAUUAAUCAUGUGCUGUGUAUUAUCGCUGGUUGUUGUGAGCGUCCAAUGGUUUAUAUGGGGCUAUAGUUUAACAUUUAGUAAAACUGCAACCAAUGGUUUUAUUGGUAAUCUCGAUAAUGCAUUCUUGCGAGGUGUAUUUGGUGAUCCUUCUAUUUCUUCAUCUGCUGUUCCUGAUCUUGUCUUUUGCGUCUUUCAAUGUAUGUUUGCUGCCUUGACACCAGCUCUUGCUAUCGGUUCUGCAGCUGAGCGUGCUCGUCUUUUGCCUAUGAUUAUUUUCAUCUUUAUUUGGUCUACACUUGUUUAUAAUGUUGUCGCUAGUUGGACUUGGAAUGUGAGCGGUUGGAGUGCCAAGUUAGGUGCUAUUGACUAUGCAGGAGGAACACCAGUUCAUAUCACUAGUGGUUUUGCUAGUUUAGCUUACGCUUUAAUUUUGGGUCGUCGUGAAGGUCAUGAUCACAAAAAGGAAGAAUUCAAGCCUCAUAACAUGUCUAAUGUUGUUCUUGGCACUGCAUUGCUUUGGUUUGGCUGGUUUGGAUUCAAUGGUGGUUCUGGUUUAGCUGGUAACAUUCGUGCUGCCAUGGCUUGUGUUGUUACCAACUUGGCCGCUUCUGUCGGUGCCAUCACUUGGAUGUUGAUUGAUUACCGUGUAGAACGCAAAUUCUCUGCUCUUGGUUUCUGUUCUGGAGCUGUAGCAGGUCUUGUAGCCAUCACACCUGCUUCAGGCUUUGUAGGUCCUGCACCUGCUGUCGCCAUUGGUUUCCUUGGUGCCUGUGCUUGUAACUUGGCUUGUCACUUGAAGCAUUUGCUUCGUUAUGAUGAUGUUGCUGAUGUCUUUGCUGUCCAUGGUGUAGGGGGUUACAUUGGUUCUUUAUUGACUGGUAUCUUUGCUGAAUCUUAUGUAGCUGCUUUGGAUGGUACUGAGAUCGCCGGUGGUUGGAUGAACCAUCAUUGGGUCCAAUUAGGUUAUCAACUGGCUGAGGCUACUGCUGGUGCCUCUUACUCUUUUGCGGUAACAUUCCUUAUUUUGUUUAUUAUGAACAAGAUUCCUGGUCUUUCUCUCCGUGUGGAUCGUGAAUCUGAACUUCAAGGUUUGGAUGCUGCAGAAAUUGGAGAAAUGGCCUAUUAUCAUGUUGAUAAGAUUGUUGGUGUUAACCAGAAUACAGGUGAAGAAACAGUCAUGAAACAAGACGUAGAAGGCUAUAACAUGGAACCUCAAGCACAAGGAUCUAUGGGCUCUGAAAAACCAUUCAACAACUCAAGCAUGAACAAUGUUUAAAUUCUCUUUUGUAUCAUUUUAUUUCCUAUUAUUACUUUUACUCUUAUUAUUACCAUUUCAACUUUAAUCUAAUUUAUCAUGUACCAUAUAUAAACGAGACAAUUCAAUGUCGUAUAACACUGAAAAUAUAUCUA